AAAGUGUUAUUUGCAACUUAAUUGGUGGACCUGUCCCAGCAGCUGGUGGUACUGCUCCUGCUAGCACAGCUGCUCCAGCUGAGGAAAAGGAAGGAAGCAAAAAUAAGAAUCUAAGCAAUCAGAUGAUAACAUGGGCUUGGAUCUGUUUGACUAAAUAUUUUUGUAAUACUAAAUAAAAAGUUUGUCAACUAAAAAAAAAGAAAGAAAAAACCAUGAGACAAUAAGAAAUUUCAAAACAAAGUCAGAAGCUGGGGGGAAAAAAGUAAGGUAUCUCAUAACAAAAACAAUUGGCCUGGAAAACAGAAGAGAGAACAUUUUUGGAUCAUUAAACUAUGUGAAAGUCAUAAUCAAAAAAAAUAUAUCCCAUACAUUAAUGAUAUUUCAAGAAAUCUUAGAAAAGAGAAAUAGACAGAAUCCACUGUUGACUUCCUAAAAGGAAAACUCCCAGGAACAACAAAGCCAAAAUCUAGAAAUUCCAAGUAAAAGAAAAAAUACUGUAAGCCGUCAAAAUAAAAAUCAUUCAAGUAUUGAGGAGCCAAAGUCAAGAUCAUACAUCAUUUAGCAACCACUACUAUAAAGGAAUGGGGAAUAUGUUAUUGCAAAAGGCAAAGGAUAUGCAAAAGGCUUUCAGACAAAAAAAAUUUUGCAUACCAAAACUAAGUUUAAUGCUGCAGAGGAGAAAAAUGAAUCUUUAGUGAAAUCAAGGAUCUUAGAUAUUACUGAUAAAAAUACCACAGCUUCAGAGAAACUUUAAAACCCUAUUCCCCUCUCCCCCCAAAAAAAGAAAAAAAAAAGAAAGGAAGAAAGAAAAUUUGAAAUCCAAGCACAGAAGUGAAGAGAAACAUAAAAGAUCAACAUGAAUGGAUAAUGAUAAAGGAUUGAACAAGGAUAAACUGCUCAUAGUCAAAUAUGUUAAGCCUACAGAUUGCAACUUCACUGCCAAAAUGUCAUUGUCUUCUAUUACUGCACAUUGUUCAGCAUCUGAAAAUGCUUGCAGAAUUUCACCAGGACAAGUCAAUCAGGUACGACCAAAACUGCCAUUGCUAAAGAUUUUGCAGGCAGCAGGUGCGCAAGGUGAAAUGUUCACUAUGAAAGAGGUCAUGCAUUAUCUAGGCCAGUAUAUAAUGGUGAAGCAGCUUUAUGAUCAGCAAGAGCAACACAUGGUAUAUUGUGGUGGAGAUCUUCUAGGAGAACUACUAGGACUUCAGAGCUUUUCUGUGAAAGAUCCAAGCCCGCUAUAUGACAUGCUGAGAAAGAAUCUGGUUACUGCAACUGUUACAGAUGCUGCACAGACUCUCGCUCUCGCACAGGAUCAGAGUAUGGAUAUUCCAAGCCGAGAUCAACUGAAGCAAGGUACGGAGGGAACUCCAAACCCCAGGAAUGGACCUGAAGAAGGUGAUGUUCCUGCUUUGUCUACCUCACAGCAUAAAUGCAGAAAUCCAAGAUCAGAUGAAGACUUGAUAGAAAAUUUAACCCCGAACAAGUCACCUAGGUUAGACCUUGUGUUCGAGGAAUGGGAUGUAGCUGGCCUGCCUUGGUGGUUUUUAGGAAACUUGAGAAACAACUACACACCUAGAAGUAAUGGCUCAACUGACUUACAGACAAAUCAGGACAUAGAUACUGCCAUUGUUUCAGACACUACAGAUGACUUGUGGUUUUUGAACGAGUCAGGAUCGGAGCAGCUAAAUGUUGCAGUAAAAGUUGAAGCUACUGAUACUGAACAAGCAAGUGAAGGAGGGAAAGAGGGUGACAAAAAGUUGAUUGAAGUUAGGAUUUUUGAUGACCUUGAGGACUCUCAAUGCUUAAGUGAUGAUACAGAUACAGAAGUUACCUCUGAGGGUGAAUGGCAGUGUACCAAAUGCAAGAAGUUUAAUUCUCCAAGCAAAAGGUACUGUUUUCGAUGUUGGGCAUUGAGAAAAGAUUGGUAUUCAGAUUGCCCUAAGCUAUCCCAUUCCCUUUCUGUGUCCAAUAUCCCUGCCAUGCCAGUGAAGAAAGAUGACCCAGGAAUUGAUGUUCCUGAUUGCCGAAGAACCAUCUCCGAUCCCCUUGUCCGACCCAAAGAACCGUUUAAAAUGGAAGAAAAGCCCAAACUGCUGGACCCUUGCAGCUCAGUGGAAUUCUUGGAUUUGGCACAGAGUUCUGAAAGCCAGGAGACUAUUUCUAGCAUAGAGGAGCAGCCAGACAACCUUUAUGAACAGAAUACAGAUACAGCAGCUAUGGAAAAUUGCAAAAAUCUCUGUAAGCCGUGCAAAUUGUGUGAGAAGAGGCCACGAGAUGGGAACAUUAUUCAUGGGAGGACUGCCCAUUUAGUGGUUUGUUUUCGCUGUGCCAAAAGAUUGAAGAAGACCAGGGCUCCAUGUCCCAUUUGUAAGAAAUCCAUUCAGAUGGUCAUCAAAAUCUUUGUGGCAUAGCUGUUUAGCUCCCUGAGAACCUGUCAAGUCAGGGCUCCAUGUGUUGGUUGGUGAGCAUCUGCACUUAGAGUGUGGUCUUAGCAUAGCCUUCCCUCUUGGUUGUGUGUCAUUUCUGGUAAAACCACAUGGAGUUUGAGCAGGAGCUCUUUGGCAAUAGGGCACUCUUCCUGAAGAUUCUCUUUUGAGGACCUCUUAAAAUAGACAACAGGUUUUCAAAGUAAUUUCAUCUGACUGAAAAGUGCCCAGAAUAGCUGCCCUCCUUUUCUUCACAGGUUGAGGUAAAUACCAAGGGAUUGGAGAGGGAGAAGGAGCAUGAUACAAAUAUGAACCUUUUCUAACCUUUCAAGUUCCUGGAAAACGCUUAUUUUUGGUAACAGAAUCUCUCAUACCCAAGAUAAUUAGGAUAAAAUCAAAGCUGUCAAUUUGGGAAUAAGAUGUUACUUUUAAAAGAACUCAGCUUAUAGCAGUCCUGUGGAUCUCUUCACUUUGCAGUCACAUUGCUCAGUUCUAACACGGGACAAGGGUCUUUAGCAAAGCAAAGUAGCCAGUGAUGCUUCUCUUUAGAUGGAGACCAAGUUCUGUUUAUUGAACUAGCCCUCAUAAAAGUGCUAGGCCACAGAAGAAUGCUUGUACUUGGUGCACAAAGCUGCAUUUCUGAAAGAGCAGUAAUGCUCUCUGAGAUCUAGCAGUACCACUCUCAUUUUUCAAAUGAAAAAAAUAAAGUUCAGGGAGAUUGUCGUAUACUCAAAGUCAUAUGCUUGUGACAGCAAGGACCAGGAUCCUUAGAAAUAUUUGAAUUGUGCAUUUGAUUGAAAUACCCAUUAUACAAAAACAUUUUGAAAAAUAUCACCACUCUGAUGGUGCAAUAAGACCCUUAACAGUAAGUGAUAAAUUUUGGUCUUGAAUACUUAAACAUUAUUAGAAUUUGUUGUGACUAUUCUUGAAGAACUCUCUAGCCUAUUUAUUCUGUUUUCUCCAUGAAAAUGUGCCUCCGGAUUUCAAGUGGCCUCUAUUUUUUCCCCUCUCCUAUUUUGCUAUAUUAAAAGGUUGCUUUUGAGAGUAGUUAUUAAGGUAUACACUAUUUGUACCUAGUCCAACUAUAAAGCCGAUUCAGUUCUGCAGACAUUUAUUAACCACCUUUUAAACAUGCAAGGCACUAUUAGGUCCUGGGGCUAUGUAAGGACUCAAAUCCUAGCCCUCAAAAAAGUAAUUUUGUAAAGUUUUAGUUUUUUAUAGAGUGCAAAUUAAUAGAAUUUAGGGAGGAAAAAUAUAUUCAUAUAAUAAAGGGAAAGCUUAUCCAUUCAGGAAGGCAUGUGAAUUCAGACAGCAGUCAGAGCAAAUGUAUGGAUAUAUGAAAGUUUACAAGUUUAAUUUAGUAUUUCAUUUCUGUACAACUUUCAUCUCCUGAAUACUCAACUAUUCUUUCUUUAGCUUUUGUUUUUUAUUUGUCCCAUGUGUGAUAAAUUUUGUUUUUGAAAGAUCCUAAGAUGUGCAUUAGAACCCAGGCUUAUAUGAUUGCUCUUGGAUCCCAUUCCUCUUUUUAAAUUUUUUAUUUAUUUUUAAUUUUCUUUCCCUCACUGCUAGAAAAAUAAAUCAUACUGUAGGCUAAGUAUCAUGGAACUGAAGUAGUAACCAGACUCUUCAUGGAGUCUAGAGGGGAGAAGGGAAGUCUGUAUUUAUGCAAACCACCCGGACCCUCCAGCUUGUCUUGUGAGCCUCAUAGAUGUAAUGCUGGAAUAAACAGCAGGCUGUCUCUUCCAAGUAGUCUAUAGUUUUAUAAACUUUAUUUGACCCUACUUUUGAUUUUGAAACGAUCUUAACAGUGUAUCUCACUAGAAGUAACCUGUUUGCCUCUCUCCUUUUAGUUGACCUUUCAUCUAACUCUUGUAAACACCAUUAUUCAUCAGAUAACUAGCUAUAUUUAUAUACACACUCACAUAAAUAUAUAUAUAUGUGUGUGUGUGUGUGUGUGUGUGUGUGUGUGUUUUAUAAAGACAAGCAGGUUAAAAGGACUUAGAAAGUUAGUGAAUUUCCAAAUUUUGUCUGAAGAGGCUUCCUAAUUGUAUUAACUUCAUACUCAUUAUACUUAAAAAUUUUGUACAGGUAUUUAGGUCUUAUUCAAGUCUUUAAAAUACUUUAAUAAUAAGUCUCAGAAGGUCAAAUACAGCUGUUUGUAUAACCAUAUCUUAGUUAAAUAUUUAAAGAUCUUUAUAUCUCUAUAAGUUAAAAGGAUUUUAGACAUUAUUUCCUCCUCCUUCACCUCAAACCCAGUGUCUUAUCUCCUGUCACAUGAAAUCAAUUUUGACCCCUAGUCACCUGGCAACAGCAGACUGAUAGCAGAUUUUAUUUUGGAUAUAUUUUUUUUCCUCUGCGUGCAUGUGUUUUGUGUAUUUCUGUGCAUUUGUACAUAAGAGUUGUGGUGGUUUUUUUUUUUUUUUUGAGGGAAAUAUUUUGCUUUUAUAAUUGUGUGGGUUUUGUUUUUUGUUUUUUGUUUGCCUUAUUAUUUUGGUCACUCCUGAUCACUGCACUCUUGGCUUCUCAUUGGAGAGUCAUUUGUAUGAAGCUAGUGCACCUUAGGUUCACGGAUUUUAAAAGCAUUUUUGGGUGUCAUUCACUGUUGUCUCUAUGCUUUGUAGUUCGGUAGAACCUUAACUAGCUGGUUUUUCUUCUAGUGAGCUCUGUGUACUCAUGGAAGAAGCACAUGGUUUGGAUACUGUGAAUCAUUCUCCCUCUCCUCCCCAUUCAGUUUAUCUUUUCAAAUUGUUCAGAUCCUUUUUUAAUAAGAGCUAUUCAUAGAAAUGAAAACACAGAUAUCUAAAUUUUAUCAAGAGAAUAAUUUUAAACUGUCUAUGAAGAACAGUAGAACAGGCGCGAGUGACAUGGACUCUUUGCACCUUAUACUUAGGAAUAUCUGAGGAAUUUAUAAUCCUUUUUGCCAGAGGGGAAACCCAAAUGUCUUUUCAUUUCACUGCUACUAGAGAUACUACAAAAUGUGUUACUAUGAUUGUCCAGAAGUGUCUUUGGUUGGAGGUAUGCAUAAUGCAGGUCAGAGAAUGAAGAGAAUACAAGAUGGUUCAUAUGGAGGUUGAUUGGUGAGGGAAAUCCCAGGAUGGGGAGGUAGCCAUGUUAGUGUGGUUUCAUUUUUCAUGAGUGCUGGUAUACUCUCAUAUGCUGAACCUACUUGUUUUUAAUAAUCAUUGCUCUGAUUCUUAAAUUAGAGUUUCCAGAAAGCAUGAUAUUAAUAAUGUGUUCUUAUGCUCUGAGAAAAGCAUUGAUGAGAAUGACCAACUCCUCUCCAUUUCCCCUUCUCUCCUUAUAAUCAGGUCUUAUUAAAGAAACCAGCCUGUUAAGUCUUCUUGAGUAUUUAAAUACAGAGGUAGGUUUCCUCUACCCUUUAUUUAGUAAGAGGCUUUUUGAGGGACUGUAAAAUGUUAGACAGCUAAAUAGUUUUUGAAAGACAUAUUGAUGUAUAUUUCAGUAUUAUUUGAAGUACAGAAUGUUCUCUCUGUUGCUGCUUAUGUAUUGACCAGUAAUUUAUUUAUUGCUUCUUGGGUUUCUAGCUAGGUGUCUAGUGCCAUCCUUUUCCUGUUCUGGAUUGGCUGUACAAAAGACCGUGCAGCACAUGUACAACAUUUCCACUAAGAGCAGCUAUUUUAAUUCGGUGUGUCAACUCUUUCUGGGAAAUGAGCACUACUGGUAUUAAUAUUUGUUUUUUCAUGUUCAAUUUCUGCCUCAUCUGAGGCCAUUGGAUUUUAGGGCAAUGCUUCUACACUUAAAACCAAUCUGCAUAAGUCCCUUCCACUCCCACAACUAGUUUAUGUCUGUUUAGAACUCAACAAUUAAUUUUUGGCAUAAUUGUUGAUCCAUGCAGGUAAUAUAUGGGCAUAUAUAAGAGUGGAAAAGAUGGGACAGCAAAUCUCUACUUGAGGAACCAGAGGCUGUCUGAGCUUCUUGGCUUGAAGAAGCCUUCCUGCCAGCCCCAUGUGACUGAGCACUCUGAAACAAAGCUUAUCUUGCUAGGGCAAUAUUCAUUCUUGUCCUAUCGUUAGCCAUUUAGGUUAGCUUAUUUUGUAGUAAAAACAAAAAUUUAUCCUUUGCUUAAUUUAGUAAGCCACUAAAAAUUUGGGGGGAUUUGAAAAAUACCUCCAGAUGAAGUGCCUAAACACUAGUGUGCCUUCUACUCUUGGGGGAGACAACAUGGCAGAGAGAAAAUCGGGUAUGAGUGGAGAGAGCCGGCAGCCAGCCAAGGGUGGUCUGAAUGGAUGAAAACCCUUGGAGUGCAGGCUUUGACUUCAGUGUAUGGAGUCCUGAGCUCUGCCAGAGAAGUUGGGGGAGAGUGAGUAUAAAGAGCACCUUUGAGCAGCCAAAAGGAUCUUUGAAAAAAUCCCUAUUAUUUAAUGCUCUUUUUUUUUUUUAAUGAACUUAACACAGACAUUUCAGUAUAUAAUGGACGCUGUAUGUGAACUGGUGUUAGGUGGAGUUUAAGUGUAGACUACAUUUCAUACCACAGUAGCAAAACUCUGUCCUCUUUGGAACUUUUCUUUGUUUUUCUUCUAUGUAUUUUUAAAUAUUGAUGCUCUUUAUUAUAUCUUUUUUGAUAUUAAACCUUGCAACAAAUAAGUAUGGUCAAAGCAACUUUUAACAUGUUGGUCAUAUCUGGAAAUGUCUUUUUCAUUCUGCCCCUUUUGGCUAUCUGCUCACUGUCAGGAGAAAUGCCUCUCACCAUUAAGUUGUUUGACUUUGGGCAAGUCAACCUCUGAACUGUAAUUUCCUCGUCUGUAAAUAAGGAUAAUAAUAAUCUGCCCUGUCUACCUCAAGGGUUGUUUUAAGGAUCAAGUGCUUUAAAAAGUGCUAAAGAUUUUCAGUGAUGCAUAUGCAGACAUAUUCUAUCUACUACAUAAAAUAGCAGUAAUAGGUAGUAUUACCCUGUUGGCAGACAGCUCUUGGGCAGAUAUAUCAGGUACUCAUAUCCAGAACAUGGGGCACAUAAACUCAUAGGGUUCCUUGUCUGGCAGUGAGCUUGAUUAGGGUGAUGUUAAACUCCUGUCCAAGCAACGUUUCACCAACUUUUGCUAUGUAGCUGCUGCAGAGGACCAAGUUAGGAUUAUGGCUUUAUGGGUGUUUAUGUAGCUUCAGGUAAUAGUUUCCAGCAUGUAACUGCCACACCAUUUUUGAGAGAACACAAAAGUUCUCUUGUUCUUUGCACUUGUGUCUUUGGUACAGAAGUCACUGCCAGUGUGCCAAUAAGCAUGCAGCUCAUGUUAGAUUUUUGCACAAGUGCUGAAGCAAGUAUUUUUAUUUUAGGUGUCAGAAGAGUUAUUAGCAAUUUUUUGAAUGGUUCUACAACAUGUUCUGAUGUGAAAAAGAUGUAUUUUUGUUCUUAAUCUAGUUUUCUUAAGACUAAUUCUGCAGCACCUCUGUAUAUUUUGGCAUUUGCAAUAUUUAAUGCUUUUGAAUAAGUACUGAAGCUGUAUUUUGCCUGUUAAUAUUAAAUAGAUCUCUAAUUUUGUCA